UAGUAAAAGUCAUCCUUAAGAAAAGAGCUAAAGAAUCCAUUUUUGUUUGGGAUAAAAACACCCGUCAUAUAUUUAUAUAUUUUUGAUAAGUCUAUAAACCGAGGAUGAACUGGGAUUAACUAUUGUUUGGUAUUGCAAAAGAGUUAACACAUCUCCACAUGUGAGCUGUGUCAGUGUUUAAUCUCCUGUGUGAAGGCGAAGACGCUGAUCAUGGGGGACUGCUUACACACCUCGGCUGACAGUCUGUCUAAACUGGUGAAGUGGGCACACAGUCAUGGAACGAUCUGCACGCUCAUCCCCAGCCUGAAGCACUUGUUGACGGAGGGAGCUCACGGAAGCCUGACCGCACUGUGGGGCUGCAGCGCUGGCCACGCCUACCACUGGCCCUUAACUUCCUCCUGUAAAACUGCCCACAAGGAUCGGCUGUGUUACGAGCGAAGCGGUCGAGGGAUCAGUACCGAUUCUCUGAUGCAGGGAGCAUCGUCAAUGCAGAGCAGCUCCACGCCGAGGUUCCACAGCAGCGCCACAAAAACGAGCAAAGGUGACUCGAACCAGACCCGAGACUCGUACGACUUCUCCAACUGCAGUGAGCCGUCUGAGAUGGAUGACAACACAGAGGAGCACCUCUUCGAUAUCGUGUGCGAGUCUUCUGCCACCGACGAAGAGGGUGAUUCCGAGCCCAGGGUCACACCUAGGAAACGAAGCGCUAAGGGCCCGAGCUCGGACGAUUCCACCGAUCCGGGCGCAAAGAAAAUCAAGCAAGAGCGAGCCGAAGACUAUUACACGGUGGCUAACGCACAAGCACAAGCCAACUCAGAGGGCGCUCCAUCAUCUAGCAUCUCCCAGUCACCCAAACCCACCUCUCAGAUCAGGCCUUCAUCCAGAUCUUCAGCACCACAUAAUCCACAGCUGCUGGAGGACGGAGAUCUGGUGGGCGUGUCCUCCUCACCACUGGAGAACUCCUCCUCGUCUUUGACCAAGCACAUGCACAUGCCAAUCAGCGGCUCACAAAGCAGAACACACAUUAACUCACACAUGAACCCUGCGCACAAUCAGGGCACGUCGUCUCUGAGCCAACCAGGAAGGAGUGACAUGGUGGAAGUGCUUCCUAACGGGGAUUUCAGCCUGCCCUUUGAGGACCCCUCAGGUGUAGUGCACCCUGAAAUGGACAUUUUAGCAGCACAGAGUCUCAGCGCAGAGCCCAAAGGUGAUGCAGGAUGUCUGAGCUCGGAGGAACCAUUCUGGCCGUCCACGUCGGAGCUCUGUCUGAACACUGAGAGCCAUUCGGAGGAGAGGAAACAGCUGGAGGAGUACAUCACCAGCGUGGAUCCUGUAACGUUACGGAACCUCCAAGCCGUCAUCUCACGGGUUCUCAGGUUCCACGAGCAGAGCCGCGUGCAGGUCCACAGCCCUCCUCGUCCAGGAGAACAAGAACUGUUUCCGGGUUCCGGACUCUUCCUCCCUCCAUAUAAACUGGCCUGUAUCCACCAGGAGUCCCGUCAGGACAGCAUGAGGCUCUUCCACCUGCUGUUCGAACACUUCUUCACCGAGGAGGACCUCAUCGGAGCCGUGGCUUUCGGGAAAAGGGGCAAAGUUCCGGAUGGGAAAAAAAUCCUGGACAGAAGAAAAGUUGAUGGGAUUAUAUCAUACGUUCUGCGGUGUUCCACACUGGACGGAUGGACAGCGGUGGAAUCGGCGAAACUGAAGAAAGCGUGCAUCAACAAGUGCAGACUGAGAAUCGGCCAGAGGAAGAAGUUAGCCCAGGGGCCGUAUCUGUUCCACAAGUCUGGACCGCCGUAUAUCUGAGUCCAGACUCGGCUGUACAUGUACAGGAGUGAAGUGAUCACUGAAUUCCUGCUGUUUUUGUUUAUUAACACACUUUAAAGCAGCGUCAUAAUGCGUUCAUCAUAUCCAGUGAUGCAUGAACUCCACAACAGAAAUGUAGCAGUAGAAUAAUCACACGCUCCACAGAACUCUGGAGAAGGGUUCAUUCUCAUUUCCAGACAUUUGGAAACUUCAGAGGAAAAUAUAGAUCUCUGCUGUGAGAGCUGAAAUAAGACCCCAGAUAAGAUCUGCUGUUUUUCAGCACUUCAUUACUCUGUGCGCUGACACUGCUCCACACUCGCCCAUUUUUCAUGUACGUGAGAGCGUCACUAGAACUGUGCUCUCUCCAGUGGUAGCUAGUGUCUGCUAGAUAACCAGCCCAGCUCUGCUGAUGAGGAGGAUGUUUGUCUUUUCUGUAGCUUUAGAGGCAGGAACUCAGAAGUGGGACAUCUUUCACGUAGCUCUACACGUCCCAUUCGUACACAUGCUGGUGCGUUCAGGUUAUCUGUCUGUCUGAGACACUGGACAUAUCCGAGGACAUCUGAGGAACGGAUGCAAGGUCAAAUAUCUGAAAAAGAUUUUCCUCUCUGUUUGAAGUGUAUUUUAAAGCUAUUUAAGAAAUAGUUUAGUCCACGGAGGAGGCCUUUCCAUCCACGAGUUCUGCUUCUUAAUCAGAGCGUCAGCAGUGAGAGAUUUUCCAUUCGAUACGUCCUAAAUCUCCUCCUAUUCUCUCACUAAGACGUGGUUUUCACCAGCAGCAUUGUCCUUUUCUCAUCAAGAGCCGACUGGUCAGAAGGCAAUUUCCUGCCACAUGCUUAAGCUCACAGAUGAUGGUGAUUAGCUAGUGUCCCUGUGAUUGACAGGAGCCAGAGAGAAAGCCCCUCCCACUCAGACCACAGGUACUUUUGGAUGCGACACGAUCGGGAUUCAAACUCACACAAAGUUCCUUAAAUAAAAAAAUAGAAAUAAAUAUUACGUAUUCUGAAUAUUGUUUCUCGUUAAGCUUUUGUUUCUAUCGCAGCGCUGUAGAGAUGAACCGUCUCAGAUUUUUACUUUUUUAUAAAAGUUUCUUUGUUAAUUUUGUAGCAUCCUAUUUUAUUAUCUCUGAUAAACGUGGGAAUAGAUGUAGAUGUCGAUGGUGUAAACGAUUCGGACGUUCAAACCAUGAAUAAUGUGAUUUGUUUCAGGGUCUGAUCUCUUUAUUUUUAUUUUAUUUACACAAAUGGUUCUGCUUUUCGAUAUGUUUGGGUUUUGUAGUGAUGUACAGCAAUACAGGACUGAUCUGAGCGCGUGAUAAAACUUUCACACCUCUGUUUUUAUUUUCUUUAAUGAUCUUAUUCAUGUUAUUCUAUAUGUUGCGUAAGUUUUACUCAAGUGUGUGUUGUGGAGCCGGGUCAGAAGGUGCGUCACUCUAUCUUCUCCUUCUUUCCUUUGAGAAUGAUUUUACACCUGAACCUCACGGCUGUAUUUUAUGAGGCAAAGACUGAAAGGUUAACGCUGUAAGUAAACACGUGAACUUUGUGCUUCAUGAAUCCCGCGAGUCCAUGCUACAGUCUGUAUUUAUUUUUUGAUGUGUAAAUAAUCGGUUUUGAUAUUUGAUGCAUUGUUGCCGUUAGGAUUUAUUUUCUAACAAAAUAUUUGAAUAAAAAUCUGUGGAAAAAAUCAGGUUUUCUGUCUUUGCUUUAAAGCAGAUGUUUAAAAGUUUCAAAUUGUAAGGAGAAAAAAAUGAUUAGAAGUUUCAAGUUCUGUACAGCUUGUUUAGAUCAGUGUUCAGAUCCUCUGUGUGUGUGUG